GUGGGUGGUGAUUGGGCGGUGCCCAGGAGGCCCCCGGGUGAGGUGCGGGAACGUGAGCGAGAGUUCCGGCCGGAGGCCUGAGCUGAGGGCCGGCGCCUUCAUCAUGGCCUCGGCCCAGCUGGACUACACCAUCGAGAUCCCGGAUCAGCCCUGCCGGAGCCAGGAGAACAGCCCCAACCAAGGCGGGAAGGAGGCGGGGACUCGACAGCCUUUGGUGAUUCUCUUGGGCUGGGGUGGCUGCACGGACAAGAACCUGGCCAAAUACAGCGCCAUCUACCACAAAAGGGGCUGCAUCGUGAUCCGAUACACAGCCCCCUGGCACAUGGUCUUCUUCUCCGAGUCCCUGGGCAUCCCUUCACUUCGUGUCUUGGCCCAGAAGCUGCUUGAGCUGCUCUUUGAUUACGAGGUUGAGAAGGAGCCCCUGCUCUUCCACGUCUUCAGCAAUGCCGGCGUCAUGCUGUACCGAUACGUGCUGGAGCUCCUGCAGACCCACCGGCGCUUCUGCCACCUGCGUGUGGUGGGCACCAUCUUUGACAGCGGUCCUGGCGACGGCAACCUGCUGGGGGCUCUGAGGGCGCUGGCAGCCGUCCUGGAGCACCGGCCUGCCGCGCUGCGCCUGCUGCUCCUGAUGGCCUUUGCCCUGGUGGCAGUCCUGUUCCACGUCCUGCUGGCGCCGCUCACUUCCCUCUUCCACACCCACUUCUAUGACAGGCUGCUCGACGCAGCCUCUCGCUGGCCCGAGCUCUACCUCUACUCCAGGGCCGACGAGGUGGUCCUGGCCAGGGACGUGGAGCGCAUGGUGGAGGCACGCCUGGCGCACCGGGUCCUGGUGCACUCUGUGGACUUUGUGUCAUCUGCACACGUCAGCCAUCUCCGCGACUACCCUACUUACUACACGAGCCUCUGUGUCAACUUCAUGCGCAGCUGCGUCCAGUGCUGAGGUCCUUGCCCUACCCACCUCACCUCUGCUCCAGAAAUAAAUGCCUGACACCUCCCCAUAACCUACAUCCAUGGGUGGGGUCCUCUUCUGGUUCAACUCCCUGCAGCCCUCUGGGACUUUAUGGUCCUCCAGGUAGAGAAUUUCCAUGGGCCUCUGUCCUGGGGACUGUGGUGGUCUGCUUAUCCCAGGAUUCUAGGGGCAGGAGUGCCUGCGCAGGUCUCUGCGGAAGCCUAGCAGUGGUUGUGUUUGGAUAAGUGCAACAGUCAGGCUGUUGACCCCUGUGGCAUUUAGGCUGUGAAGGGUUAAUAAAGCUGGGGGUGGGGGGUAGGGGUGAGGAUGAGCCCCAGCGUUGAUCUCCGAUUCCUUGAAUAGGUGCCAGAGGGUAGGGGCAGGCUGGGGCAGGGGCUGUGAUCUGUGCUCCCAGGUCCCAGAAGGGCAGAGCCCCACAGCAUGGAGUACCGUCCCUGUGGAUCCCACUUGGCAGUUCACUCAGGCUUCUCAUUGCCAGGGAGUCUGAUGUGGAAGCCAAAUGGGGAGCUGAGGAUACACAGGUGGGGGGCCUGUCCAGGUGUACCACACUUUGCCAGGAAGCCGCUAGAUCCAGGAAAGUUGCAAGAUGUGUGUGUAAUGGGCAGAUGGAGUGGGGAGCAGGAAGACAGCAGCGCCAGAUGGGAGCUGGGACAAGCUGAGUCAGGAGCCCUAAAGACCAGAACCAGAACCACUGGCCUGAAAAAAACUCCUUCAUCUCCUCGAGGGAGACCCACUUGGAUCCUCUGUAGGCAGAAGCAGUGCCUUCAGCCUUAGAGUCCUGUAUCAUCUAUCAUUCUACAAGUCACUGCUGCACAAUGCUGGCACAUAGCAGGCAUUCAAUAAAUAUUUGUUGAUUUAA